CAGUAUCCAUUUUCAGCUGAAGAGAGAAGAACUGAGAAGUGAGAACCGAGAAUAGAGAAGAAGCAAAGAAGGGUUUUAGGUUUUUGUUGUGGAUCGAUUUUGCAAUGGCGGCGAGGAGAGUAGCUGGUUUGCCUCUCAUGAAGUAUCUCAGAGUUCAGGUUAACUCUCUUCCCAACCACGCUUCUCCUUUGAGGGUGGCACCCACCGUGUUGCUCCGCCGCUUCUCCGAGGAAGUUAGGGGCUGCUUCCUCGACAAGUCCGAGGUCACCGAUCGCGUCAUCUCAUGCGUUAAAAACUUCCAGAAAGUCGAUCCUUCCAAGGUCACCCCAAAUGCUCAUUUCCAAAAUGAUCUUGGAUUGGACAGUCUGGAUUCAGUGGAGAUCGUGAUGGCACUUGAGGAAGAGUUUGGGUUUGAAAUUCCCGAUAAUGAAGCUGACAAGAUCAACUCAAUCCAACUUGCGGUUGACUUCAUUGCAUCUCAUCCUCAGGCAAAGUAGAGCGAUCGUAGAGGCUGGUGUAUAAUUUUUCUUUUGUUUCUCAUGUAGUAGUGUAGAACCAUCACUUCAAGAUGUUUUUCUUAUUCUACUUGUUUGCUUCUAAAAUGCAACUCAACUUUCUUACCCCAUAUAAAAUCCCAGAAGAUUAUUAGCUGGGAUUUGCCAGCUUGAAUGGUACUUUGCUUUUGGUAGAAUUGGCUUCUCAAAACUAUACUAUAUUUUUCCCCCCAAUAUUCAUGUCAAUAAAAAUGUGUCAGAUUUCUCCAUAUUAA